UUGAAACCUGGCUGUGACGUGCUUGAGGGUGGGAAACGCGCGCCAUGAAGCCGUGCUUGCGACCCACUGCCCUUCUCCAUGCAACCGCCUCGACAUGGACGCAACCUUGCUUGGCUACAAGGCUUCAUCUAGUCCGUCAUGUGUCCAGUGCUGCUAGCAUUGGAUACAACGCACGCCUCCAACGCUCUGUCGGCGACCAUACUGCAAUUGCCUUUCCCGAGGUCCCCCGUAUGGCGCAACUCCAGUAUGAGCGGAAGUUUCCCACGUGGAAGAAGCAGCAAGUUGCGCUGCACAACAUGCGCGAGGCACAUGCAAUGACACUCCUUCGAAAGUACGCGAACGAAGGUUGGUGGACCCGUGCUUCGCGAUUUCGCAUCCUCACUGAGGGUCUGAUAGAUCUGUUGUGGCAGGAAGCCCGCGACCUCAAUGCUGCCCAAAAUUAUGAUGCUGUCAUUCAUGUGCUCUAUCGCGUGCUGUACAUGGGCAAGCACGAUGCACCUUGGCUUCACAGAACAACGAGUCUGUUUGCACAACAGCUUCUACUCGCCGCAAUCAGCACGAGCAAUGUCAAGACUGCCGUCGAGGCGGUCGAGAUGUUGGCAGCACUUCCGUCUCAUGCGGUUUCGCGUAUUGUUCUCGUCGAUUCAUGCCAUUCCGCGGCUCAACUUUGCCUCCAACAAUGCAACCUGGACGAACUGACCAACCUCCUCAACUCGAUCAAGCGCACAAGUGUAACCCUUGACGACAAUUUGUCUGAGCAAGUCCUUCGAGCCCUGCGCCACAACGGAACCGACACCACAAGUUACCACAAGCUCGUUGUUGACUUGUACAACUCAGGCGUGUGGGCUCCAUCCCUCAAAGCAUCCACCGUCGUCAUGAGGUCCCUGCUCUACAUCCUGGCAUCGUCAAGUGACAGAAGUGUGCACCAUCAGCUGACCGAGCUGUACUGCCGCAUGCAGGCCGCGUACGCGCUUGAAGCCCCUGACGUGGCCAACUACUUGCUCAUGGACAGUUGCAGUGGCGAGAAGUCGUCGGAUACGGCACUGCAAGUGGCCACGGAGCUGUCAUUCAUGCGGCAGCACCGAGUCGUUGCAACUGUUGAAACGACGAUGGACCUGGUUGCUGCCCUCCUGGCGUCCGAGCGGGACAAUGAGGAGACCACGGACUUGUGGGAAUUGGUGUUCGAUGAAGAAAAUGCUGCGGUGUUUCCGCGGUCCACGCAGCACGUGUCAGCAGCCUUGAGCGCGGCGGCCAUCCAUGGCGAUUCUGUCGCCGCCAUGCGUCUCCUGGAAACGGUCCAAUCGCGGCACUUGCCGCUGCUGGACGUUACCUACGGCCAUGUCGUCGCUACAGCAGCCGACCCACGGCUACGAGCCGCGUUUGUACAAAAGUACAAAGCGGCCAACCAAGCUCAAGAGGUGGUCAUGGCUCGCCAAGGCGACGCGACGAACGUCGGGUUCAAAUGGAGCGGCACGUUGCUCCAGCAUAUUUCAAAGCAGCGCCAGCAACCUGUGCCCGACGUUGUGUUGAUGCUGCUUCAAGAGAUGCAGUACUAUGGGGUCGUGGCGACCGAGCGUGAUAUGACGGCAGUCAUGUCAACCUUGACGGGCGUGACCCUGUACGAGCUCUACGAGAAAUUUCCUCGCGUUAUCAACAACGCCCCCCUCGCGUGGGCUGCAGCGAUCCAGGCACGCCUGCGCGAGUCUACGUCAAUGGAAACCAUGCAAGAUGCGAUGCAGGUCUGGCGAUGUUGUGUCUGGACUGAAGGACUCCGCUUGGAUGAGGCAGUGUUCGCCUCGCUCUUGUAUGCGGCACUCCGACAGACGGCAACGUCGCAUCUUGCAGACGAAGUGUUGGCCCAGUACAGCGCAGGCAACGACCUGCAGCAUCAAAAACUGCUGGAAGAGGCGUUGGUACAUGCCACAGAAGCAGCGGACCUACCAACCACCAAGAACAUUCUUCGGAAAUGGACGCAGUCGAUGAGCCUCAGCUACAACGCGGUCUCUUCAGUGUUCCGCACGGUCGAGCAGUGUCGGGCGGCGGCGCCGAAACCUAUUCGAGAGAACGUCCCGACGACUUUGUCGUACUUUGGCAUGAUGGUCGAGUUCCCGGGACUCUUUCCACUCGACUCGACAGUGCUGUCCCAGGCGUUGGUGUUGUCGGCGCGUUCGGACCUCUUCUACGACUGUCAAGCGUUACUGACGAUGGCUUUUUCGAACGACGUCGCGUUGUCUGGUGAAGCGAUAUUUGCAUGCAUGGAUCUGUUGACUCGCACGAAAGGCUCCGACAAAGGCGAUCGCGAACGGCUACUUCACACCAUGCGCCGCCACAAGGCUAGCUUGCCCAUGGAGGACAUCGCCAGCACGAUGGAUGGUCUCCGGUAAUCAAGAAGCUCUCGUCAUUGAAUGAGGUCCAUGUUGCCGUUGACACGGGAUGCGGCAGAGAGCGCGUGAUCCACAUCGGCGAGUUCGAUGCUCGACGUGCAUCUCGGCACAUCCGAGAUUCAACUGAAUCAUCCGGAUAGAAGGGCAGCAUCCGGUUAAUUAUACGGAACUCUCGUGGUGCCGAACGUCUGUUUUCUUGGC